AUGCCAGGCCGCCUGCUCAGUACCCUUGCGAGGGUGGCUCCUACACCACUUCCUAAAUCGGAUUCCACCAAGCCACACGCUGAAGGUCUGCUGCCCCCAGUCUAUUCUUACGACGCUCCACGCGUCAAGGCAAAGUCAAAGUCAGAAGAAUCUCUAGUCAUGGACAUCUUCAACCGCCACAAGCAUGACAAGCAUGCUAAAGAAAAGGAAGAUGCCAAGAAGACGCCCAAGUUCGAGGCACAGGGCGCAGCCUCCAUGAACAUGAGCGUAGAGUCUCCACCAAUCGUCUUCUACAACACCCCCCAGACAUCGACUGGCGCUAUUUUCUCUGGCCAGCUUGUCAUCAACGUACACGACCCCUUCAUCACUGUCGACAAGUUUGAAAUGCGCAUGCUGGCCAUUGUGACCACCAAGAAGCCCGUGGCCCCACAUUGCCCAGAAUGCACCACUCAAACCACGGAAAUCCACAAGUGGGAGUUUCUGACACAUCCCGUCUCGCUGCGUCACGGUCCCCACAACUUCCCCUUCAGUCACCUGCUGCCAGGUCAUCUGCCAGCUACCACACAUGGUAGCCUUGUCACUGUCGACUAUUACCUGUCCGCUGUUGCUACCACCUCUUCGGGCAAGAUUACUUACAAGCGCAAUCUGGACGUCAAGCGCGCUAUUUUUCCGGGUGCGGAGAAGCAUUCUAUUCGUAUCUUCCCGCCGACCAAUCUUACGGCUUCCGUCAAGCUGCCGCCAGUAAUCCACCCUAUCGGCGAUUUUCCCAUUGAAAUGCGCCUUUCUGGAAUCGUUCAAAACAAGGCAGACUCGCAAACGCGAUGGAGACUGCGCAAACUCAACUGGCGCAUUGAAGAGACGCAAAAGUUCAUUUCCCCAGCUUGCGCCAAGCACAUUUCCAAGGUUGGUGGUGAGGGCAAGGGCGUUCUCCAUGAGGAUGUCCGUGCCAUUGCCAACGAAGAGGUCAAGACGGGUUGGAAGACCGACUUUGAAAAGGGCGAGAUCGAUGUCGAAUUCCAGGCCGCCUGCAACAUGGCCCUGAAGCCUCUUUGCGACCUGGAAAGCUCAAACGGCAUGAGCGUCAAGCACAACUUGAUCAUUGAAAUGGUUGUUGCUGAGGAGUGGGCACCACUCAAGAAGCUCAGCCAAGCUACCCCUACCGGCGCCGCCCGUGUUCUGCGCACUCAAUUCCAUUUGAUCCUUACCGAGCGACCAGGCAUGGGUAUUGCUUGGGAUGAGGAGCAGCCUCCGCUCUACGAAGAUGUUCCCGUCAGCCCACCCACAUACGUCGAAGAAUGCGAGUACCCCUUUUCCAACAUGAGCUCUCGGUCUGGUAGCUUCAGCCUUGACCGGUAG